AUGAUAAAUAGUAAUAUGAUCUCUCGGCAGUUAGAAAUUUUUUCUGAACCAGUGAAUUUCCAUACUGUGAAUGGUAAUUCCGUUCAUAGAGCACAAUUUUGUAAUGGGAUACUACCAAACUGGUAUGACGAAAUCAUGAAUUUCCAAGGAGCUGCUGCAGUGACAAAAUGCAUUGAUCAAGGGAAUAUGCGUAGAGAGGAAAAGCAGAAUCUGGAAUUGGUUCAACUUGUGUUAGUAUCCGAACGAAUGAUAAAUAACGGGGAAUAUGAUGAAGCUGCCCUGCUGGUGAGUAAAUUCAAGCAAUUGUCUUCUCAGCUGGGGAAUCCCACACAGAGGCUCGUCUAUUAUAUCUCCGAAGCCCUACAGCAGAGAAUCCACCGCAACACUCUCUGCAUGUCAAAUGACGCAGCUAAACGAGUUUCAGAUUUUGCUUUUAAUAUUGAUGGUGAGUUGGACAAAAAUGAGUUCAAUAGUCUUGUUGCUUAUUACAUUAGAAUUCUGCCCCAUAUCAAACUGCUGCAGUUCACGUCUGUUCAGGCAAUCAUAGACACCGUGGGGAAUCCAAGGGAAAUUCAUGUAAUUGAUCUGGGGAUACGAACUGGAUCGCAAUGGACUGUAUUAAUGGAAUUUCUUGCACAAAGAGCUGCUACUUCUUCUUGUGCCUCUAGGCCUCAGAUUCUGAAGAUUACAGCAGUUGGGAUGAAUGACGAAGAGCUUAGGAAAAGCGGGAAAGACUUCAUGAGCUCGCUAAAUUUUUGGAUAUUCCCUUCGUGUACAAGAUGGUGGUGA